GUGUGGAGGCCGUGGGCGGAGCGCGACGGUCGAUGAGCCGCCUGGUAGUAGCGUGACUGAUUUCUGCUACCCCGCUCAUCGGAUAGAGGAACAGAGACAUAUCAAGAAGCGGUGGAACGAUGUCCGACGACGAACAGCAAGAGCAGACCAUCGCCGAGGACUUGGUCGUGACCAAGUACAAGAUGGGCGGUGACAUCGCCAACCAGGCACUGAAGGUGGUCAUUGAGGCAGCCACACCAGGCGUAUCCGUUCUAAGCCUCUGUGAGAAAGGAGAUGCUUUCAUCAUGGCAGAAACUGGGAAGAUCUUCAAGAGGGAGAAGGACAUGAAGAAAGGCAUUGCGUUCCCCACCAGCGUGUCAGUCAAUAACUGUGUCUGCCACUUCUCUCCCCUGAAGAGCGACCCAGACUACACGCUGAAAGAUGGAGAUUUGGUCAAAAUAGAUCUCGGAGUACAUGUGGAUGGCUUCAUCACCAAUGUUGCCCAUAGCUUUGUUAUAGGAGCAACUAAGGAAGCACCUGUGACGGGAAGGAAAGCUGAUGUCAUCAAGGCAGCACACCUGUGUGCUGAGGCAGCUUUGCGUCUCGUCAAACCUGGCAACCAGAACACACAGGUAACUGAGGCCUGGAACAAGAUUGCCCAGUCAUUCAAGUGUAAUCCAAUUGAGGGAAUGCUUUCCCAUCAACUAAAGCAACAUGUUAUUGAUGGAGAGAAGACCAUUAUCCAGAACCCUACAGAUCAACAAAGGAAGGACCAUGAGAAGGCAGAGUUUGAGGUUCAUGAAGUGUAUGCCGUGGAUGUGUUGAUCAGCACAGGAGAGGGGAAGGCAAGAGAUGGAGGCCAAAGGACAACCAUCUAUAAACGGGACCCCAAUAAGCAGUAUGGACUGAAGAUGAAGACCUCCAGAAUGUUCUUCAGUGAAGUGGAAAGACGUUUCGACACUAUGCCUUUCACUCUCAGGGCAUUUGAGGAUGAAGGAAAAGCUCGUUUGGGAGUUGUGGAGUGUGCCAAACAUGAGCUACUGCAGCCUUUUAGCGUACUAAAUGAGAAAGAAGGUGAGUUUGUGGCUCAGUUUAAGUUCACAGUGCUGCUGAUGGCCAAUGGGCCUUUAAGAAUCACCUGUGGACCAUUUGAAGCAGAACUGUACAAGUCUGAACAUGAUGUACAGGAUCCUGAACUCAAGUCUCUGAUACAGAGUUCUGCAAGUCGCAAAGCACAGAAGAAGAAGAAAAAGAAGGCCUCCAAAACUGCAGAGAAUGCUACAGGCCAACCAGCUGAGAUAGAGGUUGCAGCCAAAUAGAAGCAACUCGACUCCACAUUCUCACAAAACCCUUCAAAGAGCAAAAAUGUCAAAAAUUUCAGUCUUGCCCCACAGUUUUAACCUCUUCAUCAUCAAGUCUUUGAUCUCAAGUCUGUUAAAAACAUGUGUGUUUAACAGAUUUUUUCCCUCCUGUCAUGGAGAAAUGUGUCAUUUAGAAUUGGACUCCCAAGCGAGUGCAACAAAUUUGUACUUUCAUAAUGAAUCUAUUUACUCUUUUCAAGCACUCAAUUUACAUUUCAACUGCAGCGUAAUGCCUUUUGCAAAAUGUAAUUAAAAAGCUUCGCAAUUCUUUUGUAGAGUUGCGUUUUUCACAAACAUGUAAUGUUGACAAUGAUAUCAUAUGCUUUGGCUGGACAUUGGAAAAGCUAAUUUUUAAGUUUCAACCCUGAGAAACCACUAAAAAAAAAUGAAAUCUUCCUCAGCUGAAAAGUACUUCUUAAUUCAAAUGGUAGAGAAGUUCAUGUUUUACAGGGGUAUCGAAUUGGAACUCUGCAUAGUAUUCCUGCACACCAUUAUUGUGAAGAUACAGGAACAUAAAAAACACUCUUCACUCAAACUGCCAUCCCUCUCUAUUCGUGUUAUGCUGUGUUUUCAUCUGAAGAACAUGUUUUAAAUGCUUCUCGUUCCCUUACCCACCCACUUCCUCUUUUGCUUAUUGAAUGUCUUCUCAUUAAGCUUCUGUUGAUGAUACAGGGAAAUCUCCCCAACAAAUUUCAAGAUGUUAUCACUCAAGGUAAUAGAAAGCAAGUUUUAUUAGGGGUUCAGUAAAGGAAGUGUUCCAAAAUACACUAAAGCUACUUCUCUUGACCCUCUGAAAUGCCUAAACCGAAUGAAGAGGUCUAUAUCUUCCACUUCUCAAGGGCAAACAAAUCACUUUCUCUACUUCUACAAAGCAAUAGAGCCUAGAAUGAAAAUUUAGCUCACAACUGGGCAUGAACUUGAGGAUUUUAGGAGCUUUUGAGGCAUUCUGUAAUUAAUGGGAAUGGGAAGUAGCUGUAGAACAAUUCUGGAUCGGACUCAUUUUUGGGUUUUAGUUGAAUUUGUUCAUUGAUAUUUGGUUUAGUCAUAAUUUGAAAUGUUUUUUUUUUCCUGCUCGCUUUUUGCUCCUGGAUUGUUAUCUUAGACAAUGUCAAAAGGUUUAUGUGGGAGAGGAGGCCAGAGGUUUGAGAUUGACACAAUCUUGUUUUUGUAGUACAAACCAUCAUAUGGGUCUAUUUUACAACUAAUACAAUAAAACUAAACUUUGGAUACA